GGCCGGGCCACGAGGCCCCGAUGACCAUCCCCGAGCUGUUCCAGGAGUCUGUUGAACGGUUCGGCGCUUACCCAGCCCUAGCCUCGAAGAAUGGCAAGAAGUGGGACACGGUGACCUUCAGCCAGUACUACGAAGUGUGUUGCAAGGCAGCCAGAUCUCUGAUCAAGCUGGGCCUGCAGCGCUUCCACGGUGUGGGCAUCCUGGGCGCCAACUGCGUCGAGUGGGUCGUUGCCGCCUUGGGCACCGUCUUGGCUGGGGGCCUGUGUGUGGGUAUUUAUGCCACCAACUCGGCCGAGGCCUGCCAGUACGUCAUCAACCAUGCCAAAGUGAAUGUAUUGAUGGUGGAGAAUGACCAACAAUUGCAAAAAAUCCUGUCGAUUCCAGCGGACAGGAUGAAGACCCUGAAAGCCAUCGUGCAGUACAAGCUGCCCUUGAUGAAAAGCGGCAGGAACCUGUACUCCUGGCACGACUUCAUAGAACUGGGGAAUGCCAUCCCCAGCGUGCAGCUGGACCGCAUCAUCUUAAGCCAGAAGGCCAACCAGUGUGCCGUCAUCAUCUACACCUCGGGGACCUCAGGGACCCCCAAAGGGGUGAUGCUGAGCCACGACAAUAUCACGUGGACAGCGGGGGCCGUGUUGCGAGACUUCAACAUAAUGACCCAUGUCGCAGGGAAGCAGGACAUCAUCGUCAGCUACCUGCCGCUCAGCCACAUUUCGGCCCAGAUGUUGGACAUCUGGAUCGCCAUCAAGGCCGGCAUGCUUACUUUCUUUGCCCAGCCGGAUGCACUCAGGGGCACGCUGCUGUACACUCUUCAGGAGGUGAAGCCGACCAUUUUCCUGGGGAUGCCCUGCAUCUGGGAGAAGAUGCAGGACACCAUCAAGCAGAACGUGGCCAAGUCCUCCAGCCUGAGGAAGAAGGCGUUCGCGUGGGCCAAGAUCCUCGGCUUGAAAGUCAACACCAAGCGGCUGCUGGGGAAACGGGACGUGCCCAUGAACUACCGCAUGGCCAAGACCCUGGUGUUCACGAAGGUCAGGUCCUCCCUGGGCCUGGAGAACUGCCACUCCUUCGUCAGCGGGGCUGCGCCCCUCUCCCAGGAAGUCCUGGAGUUCUUCCUCAGCCUGGACAUCCCCAUCGGCGAACUGUACGGGUUGAGCGAGUGCUCCGGGCCGCACUCCGUCUCCACCCCGAGUACCUACAGAGUCCUGAGCUGCGGCAAGGUCCUCAGCGGCUGCAAGACCAUGCUGUCCCAGCAGAACAAGGACGGCGUGGGCGAGGUGUGCAUGUGGGGUCGUCACAUCUUCAUGGGCUACCUGGCGAGCGAGGAGGCCACGCUGGAGAACAUUGAUGAGGAGGGCUGGCUGCACUCGGGGGACAUGGGCCGCCUGGACAGCCACGACUUCCUCUACAUCACCGGCCGCAUCAAAGAAAUCCUGGUCAUGGCCAGCGGAGAGAACGUGGCCCCCCUGCCCAUCGAGAGCCUCGUGAAGGAGAAGAUCCCCAUCGUCAGCCACGCCGUGCUGGUAGGCGACAAGGCCAAGUUCCUGAGCUUGCUGCUGACACUCAAGUGUGAGACAGACCAGACGAGCGGGGAGCCGCUGGACAAGCUCAACCCCGAGGCCCUCAGCUUCUGCCGGGCGCUGGGCAGCAACGCAGACACCGUGGCAGACAUCGUGAAGUGCCGAGAUCCCGUCAUCUACACAGCCAUCCAGUACGGCAUAGACCUCGUGAACCGAGAGGCCCUCUCCGAGGAGCAGAAGAUCCACAAGUGGACCAUCCUGGAGAAGGAGUUGUCCAUGCACGGCGGAGAGCUGGGGCCGACAUCAAAGCUUCGGAGACAAGCCAUAGCCCACAAAUACAGAGCACAAAUUGAGAGCAUGUACACGUGAGUGCGGUGGAGGAGCCUCCUCACACGCUCGAGCCGAGGUGGAGGCCCUGGCUCUGCCCGCCGCGCUGGGCUGUGGUGGCCGUGUCCGCCCAGCACCCUGCCCUCUCUGUCCUUAAGAAUGGUCCUCCUGGCCAGGACCGGCGUUCUGCAUGGAUCCCCAUUUAUUUAUUUACUUAUUUUAUCUUCCUGCACUGUGUGUGUGAGUAUGUGCGGGGCUCA